GAGUACAGCAGGUCCAUCUGCGUGUACGUCACUGAGUAACUGGUGAUUCCGUGUACUUUGUAGUAGUUCGGCAUUCAGUUAUGUUUUUCUCUCAGCGCUUAAAAAUCGCUUUUGCAGCAAGAAAAUCUAAUGCUGGGUACUUUCAACUUGCUUUGCGUCGUUUUAUAAACAACAACACUAUGACACCGGUAAAAAUAAAAGUAAAUUCUGAUAAGUGUUUAUUUGACGCUCCCGUGCAAAUAAAAGUGGAGGGGCUGCGUCCCAAACAGCUCGUGACUUUUCGAGCUACUCUGGCCGACGAGAGGCAGGACAUAUUUGUGUCCAACGCUCAAUUUGAGGCUGACAGUCAAGGUGUUGUGGAUUUAAGUAAUUCUGCGUCUCUAGGAGGAGAUUAUAUUGGAGUACACCCCAUGGGAUUUAUGUGGGCUAUGAAAUCACAAAAGGAAUUGGGACGGCUGUUUAAGAAGGACGUAACUUCGCCGUUCAGAGUACACUUCUCUGUGCAUGACAAAGGAACAGAUCAGGUGGGACCUGCACUAGCGUCUUGCUUUCACGAAAGGAUGUUUCUUGGAAAUGGGAUGAGAAGAAUACCAGUAAGAGAGGGCCGAAUUCGAGCGACAUUAUUUCUACCCCCCGGAGAGGGUCCAUUCCCUGGAGUUUUGGAGCUGGGAGGUACAGCGGGUGGUCUCUUGGAGUAUCGGGCCUGUCUCCUGGCCAAUCAUGGUUUUGCCACAAUGUCAUUAGCCUACUUUUCCUUUGAGGAUUUGCCAAAGCUCCUUCUUGAGCUUGACCUGGAAUACUUUGAGGAGGCUCUCCACUACUUCCAAAAACUGCCCCAGGUGAAGAAGGGUGGGGUGGGUCUCAUGGGCAUCUCCAAAGGGGUUGACCUGUGCUUGUCCAUGGCCAGCUUCCUGGAAGGGGUAUCCGCAGUCGUGUGUGUGAACGGCUGCAACGCUAACCUGCAGUCUCUGCUGCACUUCCGUGGGAACACCAUGCCGGGCCUUGGCCUAUCAGCAGACAGGAUCAUAAUUCGGGAUUCCGGGGUGCUGAAUGUCCGCGGCUGCUAUGACAACCCCUGGGACCCUGAGAACCAGGCCUGCGUGAUUCCCAUCGAGAGGGCGAGUGCCCGCCUCCUGUUCGUGGUGGCCAAGGACGACCAGGUGUGGGACUCAGAAAUAUAUGCCCGGGAAGCAGAAAAGCAGUUACUGUCCCAUGGAAAGAUGCGCCCGGAGAUCUUGGCUCUCCCCGGCGCUGGGCACCUUCUGGAGCCGCCUUACUUCCCUUCCUGUCCAGCGUCCUACCACAAGUUUGUCGGGACCUCUGUGGAGUGGGGGGGCGAGCCAGAGUCUCAUGCGGCGGCCCAGGAUAGGGCGUGGCUUCGAAUCAGGCAGUUCUUCCGUGAGAAUUUAGGAGGGGAGGCAGAGAGGCAAAGCAAACUCUGAGCUAGGCUCGCACGUGCCAAGCAAUAAGCCAGUUGCCAUAUGCACUAGUAGCUUUUUUUGUAUGCACUUCUCCAAGUCGCUCUGGAUAAGAGUGGGCACUAAAUGCAUACAUGUAAUGUAAAUGUAGUCACUUGCUGACGAGAAAGGCCUGUUUUUGUGCAGCUGAAAACCCUUUAGAAUCUACAUUUUAAAGGAAUGCAUGAACCCAGUCACUUCACG